CGCCUACCCUCGUUUAUUUAAAAUAUGUACUUUUCUUAGUUUAAGGAUAUUUAUGGGGAGGGUGUGAUUCAGGGCAAUAGGGAAAAUCACGUUGACGCUUUCAAAUUAACCUUGUGUUUUACGCUGAUUUACCGGAAGUGACGACUUGUUGUUACAUGUUCAUCACUAGUCAAAAUGAUUUUUGUGAUGCAUUAUUCACUGUCGUCUCGUAAAUUGCCUGGUUUCCAGAUGAGAACUAAUUUGUUCAACUCUGCAAAAUAAAGGGGUAGUGAAUGUGGUUGCGCCUAGAAACCUUUUUGGCGAACUACGUUGUUUUACGUUUGUGAAAAGUGCUACUCCCGCCAGAUUAGCUAAUAUCCAGGCGAACGCAUGUGUUUGCAUCAAGCUAUAAUGCCGCGAUAGCCGGGCAGUUAGCUGGUGAGCUAGAUACUAAUACCAGACAGCGAGCUGUUUGUCAGUCAGUCAUCUGCUAUCAUUGCUGUGUUGUGGUUUCUUGAAUGCAUGUUACCAGUAAUGUAGAACAGUGAAAGUACAUUAUGACAGUUAUAUGUCAGAUUUUGUUUAGCUAAUCAUUCGCUUUGCCGGAAUGUGAAGGCUGAUUGAACACAAUUGAACCUGUCGUGAAUGCUAACAGUCACAGGGGUGGAUUACACGCAGUAUAAGAAGACAAGAAUAACGUCAGAUUAUAGUCGAGCAUUUUAAUACCGAGGCAGUCGGUAAACAGAAUGACCAAGCCCGAGUUGAAGAGGAGCGGCAUGGCCCUGCUUACUGUUAAAUCCAGCUCUGCCGCGGAAGAUCAGGUCCACAAUGGGUCAGCCGACACACCGGUAUCUGGCAGUUCUCAAGGCCACACACUUGGACCGUCCACGCCGACUAAAUCAAAGUCAGGCAAACAAAUCUCCCGGGAAAGCCUUUCCAGACGAACAACAGAAUGUGAAGUGUUUGACGAUGGAACCAAUACUUUUUUCUGGAGAGCACACACUGUUACCGUACUGUUCAUUCUCACUUGCGCACUGGUCUAUGUUACGCUUUUGGAGGAGACCCCGCAGGACACUGCAUAUAACACUAAAAGAGGGAUUGUGGCUAGUAUCUUGGUGUUUCUCUGCUUUGGUGUGACACAAGCCAAAGAUGGCCCAUUUACCAGACCACAUCCAGCAUACUGGCGAUUCUGGCUUUGUGUCACCGUUGUCUACGAGCUUUUCCUUAUCUUCAUUCUGUUCCAGACUCUACACGAUGGUCGUCAGUUCAUGAAGUACAUCGACCCUAAACUUGGCGUAGCCCUUCCAGAAAGGGCCUAUGGUGGGAACUGUCUCCUCUAUGACCCUGGGAACACUACCGACCCCUUCCACAAUGUCUGGGACAAGUUGGACGGCUUCGUACCUGCUCACUUCCUCGGCUGGUAUAUAAAGACGCUGAUGAUCCGGGACUGGUGGAUGUGCAUGAUCAUUAGUGUCAUGUUUGAGUUCCUAGAAUACAGCUUGGAGCACCAGUUACCCAACUUCUCAGAGUGCUGGUGGGAUCAUUGGAUAAUGGACGUGAUAGUGUGCAAUGGCCUGGGCAUCUACUGUGGAAUGAAGACCCUGGGUUGGCUCUCCAUGAAACCAUACCAGUGGCAAGGACUGUGGAAUAUCCCAACAUACAAGGGGAAGAUCAAACGUAUAGCCUUCCAGUUUACGCCCUACAGCUGGGUGAAGUUUGAGUGGAAGCCAGCUUCCAACCUCCGCCGCUGGCUGGCUGUCCUGGGAAUCAUCUUUAUGUUCCUGCUGGCAGAACUCAACACGUUCUACCUGAAGUUUGUGUUGUGGAUGCCCCCGGAGCACUACCUGGUGCUGCUGCGACUCGUGUUCUUUGUCAACGUGGGGGGCGUGGCCAUGAGGGAGAUCUACGACUUCAUGGAUGACCCGAAGUUCCACAAAAAGCUCGGCCAGCAAGCUUGGCUGGUGGCAGCCAUCACCGUGACGGAGUUCCUUAUUGUGGUCAAAUACGACCCGAACACCAUCACCAUGCCCAUCCCCUUCAUCGUCACCCAGUGCUGGUUCCUUGGGAUCCUCCUCAUCCUCACCUGGACGCUGUGGAGGUUCUUCAUCCGGGACAUCACGCUCCGUUACAAAGAGACCCGCCGUCGCAAACAGGAAGUCACUGGGGAGCGGGAGCCGCGACCCCAUGGCAACGGUAGCACGGCAACUGCUACAGGUCGAAGCAAACUCAACGGCAGUUCUGAGUCUGUGCGACAAAGGAAGUCCUGAGUUUAAGGUGACGGGGAUAUUGGUCACCAUGUUGGUAGGGGAUGGGAGAAGGGACAAGGGACAGGGAAGGGACAGGGGAAAGAGAGUGGAGGUAGAACACCACAUCAACACUGCACAUGCACCUACUGAUAUGGGUGCCUUUGUAUGUGUGAGUUGGUGGAAUAGUUUUGUGCAAGUGUGUUCUCGUGCCUACCUGAACAGAGUCAUUCCAAUGCUGACUUUCUCCACUGUUAACGCUUGUCACAGAACCAAAAAAAAUAAACAUAAAGGCGGGAUUUUUGUUUGGGGGUGGUAGCUAACUAUCUCAUACAACAGGGAUUUACCUCAUUCUUAUUAUUAUUUUAGAAACACAAGCGGGGACCUAUAGUGGGAGAUGCCUUUUGUCGGCUAGCUGAGAUAUCCCCACAUAAGGCUCGGUUCUUCAUCAAAAGCUGUGCUGUCAAUGUAUCUAGCAGAAACUUGCCUAGCUAAUGAAUUAAUUGUCUUUCAAUACAUGACCUGCUGUAUUUAUAGGCAGGGAAACAGAUAUUGGGUAAAUAAGAGAGUUUUUGUAAAUGGUCAAGUUGCGUUUUAAUGUAUUUGAGAACUCUAUACAUGUAGAUAGGGAAAAAAAUACUGCAAGUGUACACAUGUUGUUCUACUUAACAAAAAAUGUACAAAUCUAGCAUACAUAUUUGUAGUAUGUUGCAAUGCACGUGGUAGAGAUUGAGGACAAUCUCGCUCAUACUAUGCUUGGAUCUGCUCUAAGAGAGCACCUUGAAUCACAAAUGGAAGAAAUCUGAAACUGAUUUGUCUUGGUUUUUGCAAUUCAAACAAACACAGAAGUCACACGACACCUUUAACCAGAUUUAUUGGAUCAAGUCAAACAAGUACAGGAAUAAUACAGUGAAAUACUUAGACUAAUAAUUUGUCAAUCUGUCAAUCAACAACAGCCAUAUUUGGUUACAGACAGCCUUAAAAACACAUGCUCCACAUUGGCUCCGUAUUUUGAAUUUUGGUUCUUUAUUAACACUUGCAAACGAAAAAGGGAAAAA